CAAUUUUUCUUCGAAUUUUUCAUCGAUCAUCUGGUAUUUAUUCGAUCAGUACGUUCUCGUCUUCUCGACCUCAGUUUGAUACAGUAGUUUGGGAAGAUGUUGUCUCUGUGCAUUGUAGCAUUAGUUGCCAUAGCCAUUUCACAUUGGAUUUAUAGGUGGAGAAAUCCCAGAUGCAGUGGCAAACUUCCACCUGGUUCAAUGGGUUUGCCACUCAUAGGAGAGAGCUUACACUUCUUCAGUCCCAGCACCUCUUUCGAUGUCUCUCCAUUCAUCAGGAAAAGGACGGAAAGAUUUGGGCCAAUAUUCAAGACUAGUUUGGUGGGACGACCGCUUAUAGUAUCGACGGAUCCAGAUUUCAAUCACUAUAUCUUCCAACAAGAGAAUAAGUUGUUUCAAAGCUGGUAUCCAGAUUCCGUCAGAGAGAUUCUUGGCCGAGAAAAUAUGGCUGUGUUGCAUGGGUUUCUUCACAUAUACGUCAAGAAAAUGGUGCUUAACCUUGUUGGCCCUGAAAACCUGAAAAACAUGCUGCCUGAAAUUCAACAAGUAGCAGAAAGAACAUUGCAGCAAUGGUCAUGUGCAGACAGCAUAGAACUGAAAGAAGCAUCUGCAAGUAUGAUUUUUGGUCUCACUGCAAAGAAGCUCAUCAGUUAUGAUUCAAAUAAGUCGAAUGAAGAUAUAAAGGGAAACUUUGAUGCAUUCAUGAGCGGACUCAUAUCGUUUCCUUUGGACGUCCCUGGAACAGCUUUUCACGAGUCUUUAAGGGGUAGGAAAAGAGUGUUGAGCACACUGAAAAGCAUGCUACAGGAAAGACGAGCAAAGUUAAUGAAGCGGCCAAUAGAUUUUUUCGAUUACGUGAUUGAGGAACUUGACAAGGAUGGAACACUCCUGACAGAGGGAAUGUCGUUAGAUUUGAUGUUUUUGCUACUCUUCGCCAGCUUUGAAACAACGUCGGUAGCUAUGACUUUAGCCCUCAAGUUUCUUUCAGACCACCCUCUGGUUCUGAAACAACUAACGGAAGAGCAUGAAAUGAUUUUAGAACAAAGGGUUGAUGCUGAUUCUGGACUUACUUGGGAAGAAUACAAAUCAAUGACUUUCACAUUUCAGUUCAUCAAUGAAACGGUUAGACUUGCUAAUAUAGUUCCGGGCAUCUUCCGCAAGACUAUGAGCCAAAUUAGUUUCAAGGGACACACCAUUCCAGCUGGUUGGACGGUUAUGGUUUGUCCCCCAGCAAUGCACUUGAAUCCAGCAAAAUAUGAGAAUCCUCUGGAUUUCAAUCCAUGGAGAUGGGAGAUGGGGGAGUACCAUUUAUUACAGGGAACGGGGAAAAAUGGUGCAUCCAAAAACUUCAUGGCUUUCGGUGGUGGCAUGAGAUUCUGCGUUGGGGCAGACUUUGCCAAGGUGCAGAUAGCUGUAUUCCUCCAUUGCUUGCUUACCAAGUACAGGUGGAAAGCAAUUAGAGGAGGAAAUAUAGUUCGAACUCCUGGUAUACAAUUUCCUGAUGGUUUCCACAUCCAGAUACUGAAGAAAGAUAUAUGUUAGAAACAUGAAACUGCAUCUCUACGCGGAGCGAAGUUAUUAUGGAAUCCUUAUUGAUUUCUGGAAGCCUAGAGUCUUAAUUUUGAAUAAUAUUAUGUAAUAAUGUGAUGACUCUUAUAAUAAGUUAUAGUUUUGAAAAGGUUUAAGUAGUAAUGGUUUUAUUUAUUAUCAUAAGAUUGGUGAACAUUGAUAUUAAAGGCUAAGUUGAUUGUAAUGAUGUAUUGGAAUAAUGUACAGUAUUUCCUACUUAC